AUGCUUCUUGCUGUGAACCUGCUUGUAGGCAUCUUGUGUUUGUGGAUUGAAGGUUAUGGUGCAAUAAAGAUGGAAACAAGUUACUUAACUUUGGAGUUUCAACAUGGAAGGCAUUUUGUCUCUUUUAGUCUUGUUUUAAUAUACAAUGGAGGUAAAAUUAACAGGUUUGAUAACAUUGACCCAGAUUUGAUGUCUCAAAUUGAGGUAGAUGACAUGGUGGAAACUCAAACUCUAGGUUAUAAUAAAGAUACAAGAUACGCAGUCUCCUAUAUGCUACCAGAUGCAGAUAGUGACGAUGGUUUAAGGUAUUUGGCUUCGGACAACGAUGUACUGAACAUGUUUGCAUGUUAUGAGGGGAAUGAUAUUAUUAGGUUGUAUGUAGUCACUGAGCAGAUUAAUGAAGGUAGUAGAGGUAUAUCAACUGUUAUAGAUAAAUUUGAUACUCCUACCUUUGAUUAUGAAUUCAAUACUGAGUAUGGUUCCACUUUUUGUGCUGUUUUGCCUGAUACAGUGGUAAGAUAUGUUGACUUAUUUGAUUAUUUAUCAGAUUUGGACUUCUUGUACUUUUAUGAUGGUGUGCCUGAUGGGGUACAUUCUUCUGGUCUUGAAAAUAGAAGUAGGGUUGACAAGGGAAAGUCAAAAAUUGGAGAGGAAUGUUCUGGUGUUGGGAGGGGGAAUAGUUUUGAUAAGGGCAAGGCCAAAUUAAAUGAUUGCUUGUCUGAUGAGGACAAUGAUCAUUUAUAUAGUCCGCUUAACUCAGACGACGAUGUAAUACACAUACAUGAUUCGGGAAAGAAAAGAAGUGUUGCAAAAACUGGGAGUAGCUCACAACCAAUUAUUGGAUCUGGGAGUAGCAACUCAAAACCUACAAGUAGCUCACAACCAUCCAAAGGGAAUAUCAAUAUCAGUGGCAGUUGA